AUGGAAACAUCUGUGAAACUGAUGGUCAUCCUGGGAACCAUCUCAGGUUUAAGCCACGGAGCUGGUGUGCUGCCAGAUAAUCUUAUUGCAGUUGUUGGCGAGACGGUGACAUUCACCACAACGGUGACUCCACCAGCAACACCAUUCCUAGUAGUGGUGUGGGGUUUUUCUGACAUCAAUGGUGCUCAUUCUAAUAUAAUAACCUCGAGUAAUGAAGACCUAAUUGGACCAGGGUACACAGACAGGGUCACCCUGUUCAGAGCUACUGGAUCUCUGGAGCUCAGGAAUCUGACUCUUAGUGACAACGGAGAAUACGGCGUCACCAUUAUACCGAAUGGUGGAACAACGCAAAGAGGAAACUGCAGACUGCUCAUACAUGCACCAGUUUCUAAUGUGGUGGCAACUGCCAGCAGCACAGAUUUGGUGGAGUUCAACAGCUCCGCCCAUCUGUCUUGCUCCGCCUCUGGAUCCUCGCUCUCUUUCCUCUGGCUGAACGGCAGCUCUGAGGUUACAGGAAGUGACAGAGUUCAGCUCGCUGAUGGAGGCGCCAAUCUCACAAUACUCAGUGUGACCCGGUACGACCAGGGACCAUUCAGGUGUCAUGUGUUCAAUCCUAUCAAUAAUGGCACCAGUGACCCAGUAAACCUCUCCAUCAGCUACGGCCCAGAAAAUACAGACUUGAAGCUGUUUCCAUCACAAGAAUACUAUGGAGAGGGAUCAGACAUCAUCCUGUCCUGCUCAGCUGUCUCUAAACCUCCUGCCUUGUUUCACUGGUUUCUGAAUGGAGACCGGCUGUCUGAUACUGGACCAAAACUCAGACUGAUGAACAUUCAGAUGAGUCAAAGCGGGAGCUACAGCUGUCAGGCCGUAAACAACAAAACACUGAGAUAUCAAACAUCUCAGCCUGCUGCCAUUACUGUACUGGCACCAGUAUCCAAUGUAACAGUAAAUACCAGCAAUACAGAAAUUUUGGAGUCUAGCAGCAGCUCCGUCCGUCUGUCCUGCUCCGCCUCUGGAUCCUCGCUCUCUUUCCUCUGGCUGAACGGCAGCUCUGAGGUUACAGACAGUGACAGAGUUCAGCUCACUGAUGGAGGCGCCACUCUCACUUUAUUUAAUGUGACCCGCUACGACCAGGGACCAUUCAGGUGUCAAGUGUUCAAUAAUUUCAGUAGCAGCACCAGUGAUCCAGUAAACCUCCUCAUCAUCUACGGCCCAGAAAAUAUCAAUCUGACAAUAUUUCCGCCAAAAGAAUACUACGAUGAAGGAUCAGACGUCACUUUGACGUGCUCGGCUGACUCCAGGCCUCCUGCCUUGAUUCACUGGUUUCUGAAUGGAGACCUGCUGUCUGAUACUGGACCAGAGCUCAGACUGAUGAACAUUCAGAUGAGUCACAGCGGGAACUACAGCUGUCAGGCCUUUAACAACAGAACCAGGCCUAUGAGGAAUCAAACAUCUCAGCCUGCAGCUGUCUCUGUACAAAAAUCACAAGUCUCCAAUGUCGUAGUAACUCCAAAUGCCACAGAACUGUCGGAGCACAGCAGCUCUGUCAGUAUGUCUUGCUCGGCCUCUGGAUCUUUCCCCACUUUCCUCUGGCUGAACGGCAGCUCUGAGGUUACAGAAAGUGACAGAGUUCAGCUCACUAAUAGAGGCGCCACUCUCACUAUAGUCAACGUGACCCGCUAUGACCAGGGACCAUUCUUCUGUCAUGUGUUCAAUAAUUUCAGUAACUACACCAGUGAUCCGGUGCAACUCUACAUCAGCUUCGGCCCCGAAAAUAUUUUUUUAAAGCUUUCUCCACCAAAACAGUACUUUGAGGAAGGGUCAAACAUCAACCUGUCCUGCUCGGCUGACUCCAGACCUGCUGCCGUAUUUCAGUGGCUUGUGAAUGGAGACCUGCUGUCUGAUACUGGACCAGAGCUCAGACUGAUGAAUAUUCAGAAGAAUCAAAGUGGGAGUUACAGCUGUCAGGCCUUUAACAGCAAAACCCUGAGAUAUGAAACAUCUCAGCCUGCAGCCAUCUCUGUACUGACACCAGUCUCAGAUGUGAUGGUGACUUCAAACAACUCACACUUGGGCCUAUUUGAGCUCAGCAGCUCCGUCCGUCUGUCCUGCUCCGCCUCUGGAUCCUCUCGCUCUUUCCUCUGGCUGAACGGCAGCUCUGAGGUUACAGCCACUUACAGAGUGCAGCUCACUGACAGAGGCGCCACUCUGACUAUAAUUAACCUGACCCGGUACGACCAGGGACCAUUCAGGUGCAACGUGUCGAAUGGUGCCAGCAGUGAAAUCAGCCAGCCGAUGGACCUGACAAAAAUAGCCAUCAAAGGACCUGAUUCAGUACUUAAUGGAGAUUUCACAAUGCUUUACUGCUCCGCUAUGUCUGUACCAUCACCAACGUUUACGUGGCUUUACAACGGGAGGCCAACCAAAGUGCGUGAGGCUGCAUACGUCAUCGAAUCCAUCAGGAGCUUUGACGGUGGGAUGUACACCUGCACUGCUGUGAAUGCUGCUACUGGACUCAGCCAAACAGUGAGCCACGAGUUAACUGUUGAAGAAAAACUAAGUGUGAGGGACAAACGUCCAGACGUGUAUAAGAUCUCAGUCACAGCACAGAACGGUUUGACUGCCUUUGAAGCAUAA